AAUCAUAAUCCUUCCAAGUUCCAAAGUCCUCAGACAUGAAAGGGUCUUUAUAUGUUGCUGAUGCCCACAUGUUAGCCACUUCUUCUCUUUCUAUGAGUAAUAAAGCCAACAACCCUUUUGUUCUUCCUUGUCAAACCCUUGUCUCUCAUAGUAGUGUGAGAGAUUUGAGCUUCAAGGUCAGCAUUUCUUGGCCUUACCAUGCUUCUUGUAUUGUGCAACGACAAAAGAAUAGUAAUAACAGUGGUUUUGUUGUGGUAGGGUGUGCAAAAUGGGGUUUGGAAGCUGAGAUGAAACCACAAGAAGAUGAUGAGGAAAAGGGUAGGAGUAGAAUGGCAAGGUUUAGACACAAGUGUGGAGAAAGAAAGGGGGUUGUGGCGCUGUUGGAGUGUUUGGAAAGGGAAGCUAUAAUGGGUGAAGAUGUAGGAAAAGAGCCUACUGAUUACAACCGAAGGGCUCAGAUAUUUGAUAGAAGUUCUCAAGUGUUCCAAGCACUCAAGGAACUCAACAAUGAUGUUUUCCCACAAGAGUAUUCAAAGUAAAAGGAAGUAGCUUUGGAUUGAUUUUGAUGCCAUCUUUGUAUUUGAAAUAAACAAAUAGUGGCAUACUGUAUCAUAGAAUUAGGAUGCUUUGAUGCAUUACCAAGUAGCUUAUUAUAGUACUCAGAAUCCUCUCUCUUGUACAUGCUGUGUCUUUUUUUGCUUUUUGAUUGUUGAGAAACCAACCUAUAUAUCCAAAACACUUUGUUGACCUUCAUAAUCAAAUGAAGAAUCUAA